AAGGUGUGGAAGGGGCGCGGCGCGUGAGGCCGAGAGCAUUCCUCUUGCUGGCCGAAGGUUAAAGGGGAAGGCGGCCUCGUGCCCUCGGUCUGUUGGAGUAGGGUCCUUGUCACGGAUAGCACGCAUCAUGAGGGGCUUGCUGGUGUCCCAUUCCAGAACUCUCCUCCGAUCCUUCAGCUCCAGCGCCAGAAACUUCUUUGAGAACAAAAUAGCAGAGAAACAGAAACUCUUUCAGGAAAACAAUGAUCUCCCAGUCUACCUGAAGGGUGGGCCCACAGAUAGAUUACUAUAUGGCAUAACCAUGGCGAUAACCUUGGGAGGAACUGGUUAUAGUCUCUUUUUCUUGGGCUGGGCCUCCUUUCCCCAUUCGAAGAAAAAGUAAGACAGCACAGAAGAUGGGCCUGGAAAAGGUGGGGCCAGAGCCAGAACUGAGGUGAGGGCUGGGGCUGGGAGUCAGUAAAACUUCCCCCCAAGGGGACAGCUAACAGAGCCAGAGUUUGUCUUUUGGACUGUCUCUACAGGCACCCCAGGACCCUCCCCACCCCCAGCAGU